AUGAACACUUCGAGUCAAACUCUUUUCGAUAGUCCUGCCAAUGAGAUGGAAUUUAAACAACGAAUUAUAGCGGCGCUUCCGCUUUACAAUGUUGAAUCUGAACAUCUUUCAGACUGGUUACGUGAUGCUGGAGCAUUUUUUUCCACUGAAAGUAUUUCCGAUGCUCAUCAAGUCUUUGCUAUACGUUCUCGUCUUACGGAUCAAGCUCUCGAUAUAUUUAGUGCUCAUGAAGAUCUCAUUCACAAUUUCUACGAUCUUCGCAAGCUUCUUUUACAGACAGCUGGUAAAGCGCCUUUACGUACUCUCGCAUCACUUGAUUCAAUCUCCAAUGUCACUUUCAAUAUGCCUCAGCCCGUCGCUGAUUCAACACGUCUCGAUUCUAAUCAGACUACAACUACAUCUUUACCUACACCAUCCAUAACAUUUACUCAAUCGGCUGAUGAUUUAACUCAAAACGAAUAUCGCAAGUCCAUUAUUGCUCAAUUUCAAGAAGAUAAAUCUCUCAAAUUUUCUGGUGACAACAAACAAGAUGUACUUAAAUGGAUCGAAAAAUUGGAACGUAAAUUCGAAAUCGCAGAAAUUAGCGAUGUUAAAAAAUUCGAUUUUUUGACUGAAUUAUUAGACAAAGGAGCUCUAAAUUGGUUUCUGGAACGAAAAUCAUCCUUUAAUCGAUCGUGGUCCGCUUUUGUUGAACACUUUAAAAAAGUGUAUGAUUCUCCGAAUCGGUCGUUACUUGCAUUUCAAAAAUUACAGUCGUAUCAUCAAUCCGCAGAUCAAGAUACUCGCAGUUUCUGCGAUGCGAUGCGCAAGUUAUGUCGAGAAUAUGAUCCCGAUAUGAGCCCGAAGAUGAAACUUGAUUUUCUUCUCCGCUCGGUUAAUCCGACUUAUCGUCCGGAAAUAUUAAAACUUAAACCAACAAGUGCUGACGCAUUUGAACAAAUUGCAAUAGAUGUUGAACAUACGUUUAUUACUUUAACCGCAUAUGAAACCUAUACUCCAUCAACGGUUACUACUUAUACUUCUUCACCACCAUCAGGUGCUAAUUAUAUUGCACCACAACAAUCACCUGCAUCGAACUAUCCUUAUCGCGGCCGAAAUAACUUCCGUUCGAAUCAACGUCCGCCUUUUAACACAACUUUUCGUCCAUUUACAUCUUCACCUAACUAUUAUCAAGGUCGUCGACAAUCUUCAAACUUCAAUUCACCCCAGUUACCUCGACCACAACAAUUCGUCGCCUCUGCCUCCGCUACUCAUACAGUACCACCUUCAUACCAAUCGCUACCACCCCUCAUGCCUCCAUCUUCUGCUCCACCACCACCACCACCACCACCUCCACCUCCAGCUGCACUUCUACCAUUACAUCUAUUGUCUUGUCAGUGGUGCAACCAGCAAGGACAUUCAGCUCGUGACUGCCCUUUUUAA